GAGAGAGCUAGACAGGUUCCCCCGUAACCUCCAGCAAUUCUGAUAAAACAAUCCAAGUUUGGCCAAUUUCUCCUUCUCCUUCUUGCAGCGAAUACUCUUUCAUCCAGGCAGCAUUCUGCUAUUUAAUUGAACGGAAGAAUGUCAUAUAGAGUCAUAGAUUCAUGCAGCACAGAACCAGGUCCUCAGUCCCAACUUGCCCAUACCGGCAUUGAUGCCCCAUCUAUGCUCGUUCCACCUGCCUGCAUUUCACGACAAGUCAAGUCAAGUCACUUUUAUUUCUAUAGCACAUUUAAAAAACAACUCUCAUUGGCCAAAGUGCUUUACAUUGGUGGAGGUACUAACGUUAUACAACAUUGGUUCAUAGAUUAAGUACAUACAUCACUACAUACAUGUAGCCCUCCCUCAGAGGACGUCAAGAAAGGCUUGAGGGUAAAGAUGAGGUUUAAGUCUCGACUUAAAGGAGUCGAUGGAGGGGGCUGUUCUGAUGGGAAGAGGGAUGCUGUUCCAUAGUCUAGGAGCUGCAACCGCAAAGGCACGGUCGAUCGCCCCUGAGCUUAUGCCUAGACCGCGGGAUGUUCCAUAUCCCUGUAAAUUUCCCUUGCCAUGUACCUGUCCAAAUGUAUUUAAAUGUUGUUCUAGCACCUGCCUCAGCUACCUCUGGCAGCUUGAUCCAUUUCCCCAACAUUCUCUGUGUGAAAAUUUUGUCCCUGAAGUUGAGUCACCUCUUACCUUAAAUCUACAUCCUCCUGAUACCUUGAGUACUAUGGUUACACACCUGUUCUCCCUACUCUGGGUACAUUUAUUUUUAACAUAAUACAUUUGGGCGGAGUGCAGGAAAGAGUGGGAACUGGUGAAUGCUAAAAAUUGCAAGGUGUUAAAAACUGUUUAACACCGAUUAUACUGUAUUUCCCUGUGGAUGCAUGUAGUAAACUAAGCAACGGAAAUGUCCUCAAAUUUUAAUAUGAACUGAUCCAGCACCAGCCCACACCCUCUAAUUGUGUGAAAACAUCAGCAGAAGAAGGCUGCAAGAUUGCGAAAGAUAGUGAUUUAAAAAUAAAACACUGCCUUGUCCAAUUUGUUUAAGAAGGAACUGCAGAUGCUGGAAAAUGCUGGAGAAACACAACGGGUGAGGCAGCAUCUAUGGGGCGAAGGAAAUAGGCGAUGUUUUGGAUCGAGACCCUUCUUCAGACUGGAUAUGGGCCAAACGUUCACAGUUGGGACCAACUGAGAAGGGGGCAUAUUGGUCGGCAUGGACGAGUUGGGCCGAAGGGCCUGUUUUCGUGCUGUGUGGACUCUGUGAGUCAAAUAAAGAGCCAUGCAAAACCAAAAAAAAUGCACAAGGCGAGGCAAGAAAGACAACGAUUGGAGUGGAGAUGAAAUGCAAGGGCAGAAUGGAUGCAAGGGGAGUGGGGAUGUCGCUUUAAAUGCCCAGGCGAGAUGUUGCAGUCGUAACCAAUUGUAGAGAAGGUGUAGAAUGCCGGGGAUGCUGGGAAUGUGAAGUCAAGGCUGGCAGGCUGGUUGGCUGGGAUAAGCUGAAUGGUGAGAGACUGAGCUGCAUUCCUGAGAUGCUGCCUCGCCCACUGAGUUUCUCCAGCUUUUUUGUCUACCUUCGAUUUUUCCAGCAUUUGCAGUUCUUUCUUAAACUAAGAUAAUAAAGGCGCAGGACACACAAGUUGAGCUCUUGACUGUGGGAUUGGUCCGAGGUUUUCAAGUGCAAUUGCGCCAGCAAUUCAGCCUUCCCCUGCAGGACAAGUUGUGAUUUUUGAAUGCAUUGACUCCAGGAACAGGCGUCUCGCUGAGACAAGACAUAACUGCAGAGAACUCUCUCCAACCUGUGCAGGCCUUGCCUCCAGCCACCCAUGGAGAUGCAGUAACAAGCUUCAAGAGGCAGCAGAGGCGCCGACUGACUGCUCCCUUCUCCCGGCCAUCCCCGACUACGGUUGCUCCUCGACCCGUCCAGAGCCGCCAUGUACGGUAGCUCUCGGACCGUGGGCCACGUGGAAGGCAGCCCGUCCCGGUCUCCACGGCUUCCCCGCUCCCCGCGACUGGGGCACCGGAGGACCAACAGCAGCGGGACGGGGGGUGCCGGGAAAACCUUGUCGAUGGAGAACAUCCAGUCACUGAACGCUGCCUACGCUACCUCGGGGCCCAUGUACCUGAGCGACCACGAGGGCGUGGCCUCCACUAGCUUUCCCAAAGGGACCAUGACUCUGGGCAGGGCCACCAACCGGGCAACGUACGGAGGUCGGGUCACGGCCAUGGGCAGCAGUCCCAACAUCGCCUCGGCCGGGCUACCUCCCGGUGUGGACGCCCUGUCCUUCGCCGAUCACCACCACCACCCUCCGUCCCACCUGGUCACCCCCUCCCCUCACCACCACCACCACCACCUACACCAGGUGCCCUCCUCCACCCUGAGGCAGGUGCGUGACAGCACCCUCAUCGACCUGCAGGUGCAGCUGAAGGACUUGCAGCGGGAGAACGACACCCUCCGCAAGGAACUGGACAUCAAAGACACCAAGCUGGGCUCGUCCAUGAACAGUAUCAAAACCUUCUGGAGCCCCGAGCUGAAGAAGGAGCGAGUGCUGAGGAAAGAAGAGGCAGCGCGCAUGUCGGUGCUGAGGGAACAGAUGAGAGUGUCACACGAGGAAAGUCAGCCUUUGGAUGCAAGAAGAUCAAAGCAUCUACAGUUGACCAUUCAAGCACUGCAAGAUGAGCUCCGAACCCAGAGAGACCUGAAUCACCUCCUUCAGCAGGAGAAUGUCAGCAGGGGAGCAGAGCAUUAUACCAUUGAGCUCACCGAAGAGAAUUUUCGCAGGUUGCAGGCAGAACACGAACGGCAGGCCAAGGAGCUGUUUCUUUUGAGAAAAACUUUGGAGGAAAUGGAGCUGAGGAUCGAGACGCAGAAACAAACGUUGAACGCCAGGGACGAGUCGAUUAAGAAACUGCUGGAGAUGCUGCAAAACAAGGGGUUGCCCUCCAAAUCUAUGGAGGAGGAACACGAGAGAAAUCGGAGGAUAUCUGAGGCAGAAUCGCAGGUCAAUCAUCUGGAGGUGAUACUGGAUCAAAAGGAGAAAGAAAAUAUUCACCUUCGGGAGGAACUACACCGGAGAUCCUCCCUACAGCCAGAGUCCGCAAAAACAAAGGCCUUACAAACCGUCAUUGAAAUGAAGGAUACGAAGGUUGCUUCAUUGGAGAGAAAUAUCAGAGAUCUAGAAGAUGAAAUUCAAAUGUUAAAGACAAAUGGAGCUCUGAGCACUGGCGACCGCGAGGAGGAGCUGAAACAAAUGGAAGUUUACAAGAGUCACUCAAAGUUCAUGAAGAAUAAGAUCGAUCAGUUAAAACAGGAUUUGUCCAAGAAGGAAUCGGAACUUCUGGCCUUACAGACCAAGCUGGAAACGCUGAAUAAUCAAAAUUCUGAUUGCAAGCAACAUAUUGAGGUGCUCAAAGAAUCACUCACUGCCAAAGAACAGCGGGCUGCCAUACUUCAAACUGAGGUGGAUGCCUUGAGACUUCGGCUGGAAGAGAAGGAAAGCUUUCUGAACAAAAAGACAAAACAACUGCAGGACCUUACGGAGGAAAAGGGGACACUUGCCGGGGAAAUCCGUGACAUGAAGGAUAUGCUGGAAGUGAAAGAGAGGAAGAUUAAUGUUCUCCAGAAAAAGAUUGAAAAUCUUCAGGAACAACUUAAAGACAAAGAUAAGCAGCUGAACAACUUGAAAGAUCGAGUGAAGUCACUGCAGACGGAUUCCAGCAAUACAGAUACAGCUUUGGCAACACUAGAAGAAGCUUUAUCAGAGAAGGAGAGAAUUAUCGAACGUCUCAAGGAGCAACGUGAAAGAGAUGAUCGUGAAAGAGUGGAAGAGGUUGAAUCGUAUAAAAAAGAAAAUAAAGAUCUUAAAGAGAAGAUUAACAAUUUGCAAGCAGAACUGGCAGAGAAAGAGUCUAGUUUGAUUGACUUGAAGGAACACGCGUCCUCUUUAGCUUCAACCGGCUUAAAGAAAGAUUCCCGAUUAAAAACUCUGGAAAUUGCUAUCGAGCAAAAAAAGGAAGAAUGCAGUAAGUUGGAAGCACAGUUGAAGAAGCAAGCUGAGCAGUUGUUCAAUCAGAUGUACACUCCAGCUCACGAUGCGGAGGACGGCACUCGGUUGAACCCAGAGAUCUGUGAGAAGAUGAGACAACUGGAGAAAGACGUGGUGUACUACAAAGGGGAGUCUGAUAAAUGCCAGGCCGAAGUUGACCGACUCCUAGAGAUCUUGAAAGAAGUGGAGACUGAGAAAAACGACAGAGAUAAGAAAAUAGCAGAGCUUGAGAGGCAAGUGAAGGAUCAGAGCAAGAAGGUGGCCAACCUGAAGCACAAGGAGCAGAUGGAGAAGAAGAAGAACGCACAACUGCUGGAGGAAGCGCGGAAACGUGAAGACAACCUGACUGACAACUCCCAGCACAUGGAGGAAUCAGUGCAGCAGAAAGAUGACAGGAUUGAAGAACUGGAGGACGCUCUGCGGGAAAGCGUGCAGAUUAACGCGGAGAGGGAGGUGGUUCUCGCCAAGGAAGAGGCUUCUAGAUCCUCUUCAGAGAAGCAGUUGGAGGAGCUGAUGGCCACACUGGAGAGGACCAGGCAGGAGCUGGAUUCCACCAAGGUCCGACUGACCUCCACCCAACAGUCCCUGGCUGAGCGGGAAGCCCACCUCACCAACCUGCGGGUGGAGCGGAGAAAACAGCUGGAGGAGGUGCUGGAGAUGAAACAAGAGGCACUGCUAGCUGCCAUCAGUGAGAAGGACGCAAACAUUGCCUUAUUAGAAUUGUCGGCCUCCAAGAAGAAAAAGACCCAAGAUGAAGUGAUAGCCCUUAAGCGGGAGAAGGACAGACUGGUCCAACAGCUGAAGCAACAGACACAAAACCGGAUGAAAUUGAUGGCAGACAACUAUGAUGAUGACCAUCACCAUCAUCACCACCACCACCAUCACCGCACGCCGGCAAGAUCGCAACACACAAACCACCGGCCCGCUCCUGAUCAGGACGAUGAGGAGGGAAUAUGGGCGUGACAUUGCACCUGAACCAAAGCCACAGUUUUGUUCUGAGGGCUAACAGACGAGCUGGAGCCAGGAGAAAAGGAGGACGUGGCAAUCGAGGAACACACAGACUGCUCGCUGCGACGGAUCUCAGAUCUACGUCCAGACGUCCUGGAGCAAGUGGUGGAAAUAGCUCGAUGCAGCUCCGAUCGUGGGGCAGUGGCAGCUCAAUGUGAAGUGAGAUGAACAAUCUCUUCCCCUCCUGCCAAAUUCACCAUCCUAAACCACUAUACACCGCCAUAGUAUUCUGAAGCCAGUCUGUGUCUGUUUGUAUUAUGAGUAUCAUUCCAACCAUGAUGGCAAUCCCAAUGAUCGGUGGGUGCUGUGAAUGCCCACGUUAUGAGUAGAUGCAUCCCAAUUUCCUUCUUGAGAUACCCAUUGCUUGCAGUUAUCUUCUCACCUGUGUCACCUUCUGCAGGUGCAGCGGCCACAGCCCAAUCCUCGGCUAAUCUCACCGUCUGAACCUUCAGUCGAGGGGGGAACUGAAGAGCCACUAUGAUCUUCUAAUGUCAUAAUGUACGGUGCGUCGAGCUUGCGUGUGUGGGGAGGUGGGGGGGAAAUGUACAAUUUUUACACUGAAAGAAUUACCAAACAGUUGACACGAAUUAUCCUUCUGAACAAAAUAAAAAUGACCUGUGCCUCUCGAAAUGUACAGUACGAUACAUCUGAAUCCGUUUCGUCCAUGCUUGAUUUACAAUAAACAUUGUUGGAGUGGGAGAGUAUUCAAAAUUCCACAAACGGCCUAGCAACUUGGGAAGACUCGGGAAGUGUGAGGAAGGUGUCGGGAAAAGGCAACCAUCGUUCCAUCGCGCUGGUGCGGUGAUGAGCCAUCGUUACACUUAACGACAUCAUUGUGAAAGUUUCUCCAAGACAUUUAGCAACAUUUCUAAGUGUGGAAACUUGUGCAUUUGUACCAAUUCUGAAUUCUUAACGCAUUAUCACACUUAGCGGCAGAGAAAGCUCACUGGUCUGGGCGCACACUCAAUGGAAACCUCACUACUGCUGAAGUGAAACCAAAGCUCAGAGUGUUAUUUUGGUGAAGGGGGCAAAGUUCCCUUAGAACAUGCUCAACACAUCCGCACUCCAAGUCAGUUUUGGGGCAAGUUUUGCGGCUCCCGAGAAGUAGGAAGCAACACUAUGGUCACUUUGGAUUGUGACCCAUUGAGUGGCCAUGACAGACAGUUCUCAAUGUUCUAGAGUCCAACUGAAUACUUGAAGUAACACAUUCUAAUCACAAGGAUCUAAUGUGAAGUAAAUGUCAUAGUAAAUACAUAAAAACAGUGCUGUUUAGCCGCUAGUUCAAUAUAUGUAACGUGCCAAUUUUGGAACAGUUGGGAAGUUGCUGUUCCCAGGUUAGAGUGACACUGAUCAAUAGUUAAACCUCAGAUUAGGGCAUCUAAUACAACUCUUCAGAGGGGGGGAGGAAACUUCCGUUACAUGUUUUACAGAAUUUCAAGAUAUUUUCUUUUGAUUUUCGUUUUGAUACUUCGGCAUAGAGCACUAGUUAAGAUAAACACUGUGACAAACUGACACGAGCGUUUUAUUGUUGUGUCUUUGGUAGACAUUGACUGACAAAUAAAUGACUCCCGUUGAUGCAACUUCUGGCUAGUUCUGGGAAGUGUGAAUGUUCUGCCUGUACUAUAUAUUGUGUCAAUUCAUGUACAGUAAUUUUUGUAUUUGAGAUUUGUGUACCAGAAUGCACGCAACUUCUGUUUGACCUUUAUUUGAAAGUGGAUUAAAAACUUGUUUUCCUAAUAGACUUUUACAGGCGAACCAUAAGGAAGGAAUAUUGACACAAUGCUUAUCUGUCAUGUAACUGUGUAGACUGCUACCUGAAUGUGGUGUGCUGGAAUAUGUAGAGCAGCAAUUCUUCCGAUCGCCCUUCUAAAUGUCCGCGUCACGUUCGAGUGACCUCUUGGUGUCCUGUUCUUCUGUUGCAUGUCACGGAUCCUGCUGUUGAGAUGUGGUGAAAAUGUUGACAUGGUACCACAAGGAAUCCCUAAGUAUGUUGUCCACCAUGGGCAUGUUUUAAAGCAGUACUGUGAGUGCAUCAUUAUCUUGUGGACAUGUAGGAGUAUGUAAGGUGCAAAAACAUUGUCAUUAACAUGCAAGAAAUAUUUAGUGUUGCCCAGCUUGUUUAUAUAUUCAUUAAAUAAAAUUUUCUUUCUGAUAUUAUAGUUGUUGUUUAAUAAAGAAAAGUGUGUUUUUUUUGUGGAAUCCCUGCUUCUUAGUUUCUUUAAGAAUCUAAACCAGCCAUGAUGUAGUAAUGGACGUUUGAUAUAACUUGACGCAGCUGCUCAGUGUCACUGUGGAGGGAGGAACUGCAGAUGCUGGUUUACACCGAUGAUAGACGCAAAGUGCAGGAGUAACUCAGUGGGUCAGGCAGCAUCUGUGGAGAACAUGGAUAGGUGACGUUUUGGGUCAAAAUCUUCUUGUGUGUUCCCCACCAUUUGCCUGUGCCUCCAUGCCUGAAGAAGGGUCUCGACCCGAAACAUCACCUAUUCCUUUUCUCCAGAGAUGCUGCUGCCUGUCCUGCUGAGUUACUCCGGCAUUUUGUGACAACCCUUGGCAUUUUCUUUUGCCAACUCCUAUACUCAACGCACCCACCUGUGAAAGCAAACAUGCCAUAUGCUGUCUUUACCACUCUAAUUCCUUGUGUUGCCACUUUAAUAGAGUUCUGUACUUGGAGCCCAAGAUCCCUCUGCACUAAGGGUUGAUUUUAGGAUGGUGUUUAAGUUGAGUACGCUAGAAAGGGCUCGUCCCACUUUCACGACCUAAUUCAUGACCUUUUUCACUCGUGGACAUUUUUCAUCAUGUUGAAAAAACGCCCCGACCUACUUGAUGCCACGAGUACCUACGACCAGCAUCACG